AUGGAAUACAAAGACAGUGUCCUGAUGGGGAGGUACGAGGUUGGGAGAUUAUUAGGCCAAGGGAACUUCGCCAAAGUUCACCAUGCAAGAGACCUUAAAACUGGCCAAAGUGUGGCCAUUAAGGUCAUCGACAAGGAAAAGGCUCUGAAAGCUGGGCUGACUAGCAACAUCAAACGAGAGAUUUCAGUCAUGAGACGAGUCAAACACUUAAAUGUGCUGCAGCUCUAUGAAGUCAUGGCUUCCAAAACCAAGAUUUACUUUGUUAUCGAGUAUGCUAAAGGUGGUGAGCUCUUCAACAAGCUGGCCAAAGGAAGGCUAAAGGAAGAUGCAGCUAGGAAGUACUUUCAACAGCUGAUCAAUGCAGUUGAAUUUUGUCAUGGAAAAGGUGUCUACCACAGGGAUUUGAAGCCAGAGAACUUGCUGUUAGAUGGGAAUGGAGUCCUGAAAGUAUCGGAUUUCGGGCUGAGUGCCCUUGUCGAAUCUAAGUGCCAAGAUGGCCUACUACGCACAACCUGUGGGACCCCUUCAUAUGUUGCUCCUGAGGUUCUCCAUGCACGAGGUUAUGAUGGUGCGAAAGCUGACAUCUGGUCUUGUGGGGUGAUCUUGUAUGUCAUGCUUGCUGGCUAUCUCCCAUUCCAUGAUGCCAAUAUGAUUGUUAUGUACAGGAAAGCCAGCAAUGCUGAUUACAAGUUACCAGCAUGGUUUGCACCUGAAGUGCGUCACUUGCUGUCAAGAAUGCUUGACCCAAACCCGGUUACUCGAACCACCAUCUCCGAAAUCAUGGAGGAUCCUUGGUUCAGAAAAGGGCCAGAGUCACAAUCGGGGUGCUUGAAGAAUGAUUUGACACGAAUCAUCCCUCGUGAGACCGGUGGUCAUGAAGGGAAAGGCGAAGAGUUGGGGAAACCCACAAGUUUGAAUGCAUUUGACAUAAUCUCUUGUUCAAAUGGGCUGAACCUGUCUGGUUUGUUUGCUGAGCGUGAUCAGAACAAAGAAGCACUGAAGUUUGUGUCGCUGCAGUCUGCAUCGACUAUAAUGUCGAAGCUGGAGGACAUGGCCACGCAUCUAGAGCUGCAGGUUAAGAAGAGAGACAGAGGGGUGCUCAUACUGGAAGCAUCAGAUGAAGGUAGAAGAAGAAGCCAUUUAUCCAUUAUUGCUGAGGUUUUUGAGUUCACUCCUUUCUGUCAUCUGGUGGAGAUGAGAAGUUGCGGCAGUGGUGAGAACUUCAAAGAACACUGGCCCACUGUAGAGAAGCAACUAAGGGAAGACCUCAAGGACAUUGUUUGGGCACGGAGUGAUCGUCAGCAGCAUUUGGAUUCUGUCUAG